AUGGCAGCCGCAGCGCCACCGCCUCCACCGUCCCCAGCCCCCACACUACCCCCACAAAACAACCCAAUUGGCCACCCGCUUUUCGCCCGAAUCCGCCUCGCCACCAGAUCCGACGUCCCCCACAUCCACAAGCUCAUCCACCAAAUGGCCGUCUUCGAGCGCCUCACCCACCUCUUCUCCGCCACCGAAUCCUCUCUCUCCUCCACCCUCUUCGAUAAUAACCCCUCUCCUCCCUUCCACUCGUUCACCGUCCUCCUCCUCGAAACCUCCCCCACUCCCUUCCCCCAAACCCACUACUCAACUUCCUUCACACCCAUCACCAAAUCCUUCACCUUCGACGUCCCCAUCGCCGACCCGGAACCAGACCUUUUCAAAUCGGCCGAAAACAACGGCGCCGUCGUGGCCGGGUUCGUUCUAUUCUUCCCGAACUACUCGACUUUCCUGGCGAAACCCGGUUUCUACAUCGAGGACUUGUUCGUGAGGGAGUGUUACAGGAGGAGAGGGUUGGGGAAGAUGCUGCUGUCGGCCGUGGCGGCGCUGGCGGCGAAGAUAGGGUACGGGAGGGUGGAAUGGGUGGUACUCGAUUGGAAUGUGAAUGCGAUUCGGUUUUACGAGGAGAUGGGUGCUCAGGUAUUGCAAGAGUGGAGGAUUUGCAGGUUGACUGGUGAGAAUCUCCAGGCUUAUGCUCGUAUGCCUGAUUACAACAAUUAGGGUUUGUUUGUGUUGGCCUCUGGAGUAAUUUUUUUUUUUUUUCCGAUUUAUUUCUUCUUCUUCUUUUUUUUAUUUUUUAUUUAUUAUAGUUUAUGAGGGAGGGAGACGGAGAAUUUAUUAGGGUUGUAGCAGUGGUGGUGGGGAUUUAGGGUUGGGAUUUUGGUGAAUGUGUGAUGGGUUUUGAUUCUAAUUUCUCAUUUGCUCUUACAUUUUCAUUUCAUGGAGUACUUAAUAACGAAGUGAAGUGGUGUUAAUGUUUUUUUGGGGGAUAAAAAUAAUGAAGUGUUGUUAAUGUUUUUUUGGGGGAUAAAAA